AUGAGUAAUACUUUUGAAAUGAGUAUGGUUGGUGAACUGACUUUCUUUCUAAGUCUCCAAGUGAAACAACUUGAUGAUGGGAUUUUCAUAUCUCAAUCAAAAUAUGUAAAGGAGCUAGUUAAGAAAUUUAGUAUGAAAGAUUCAAAGCAUGUACAAACUCCUAUGAGUACUUCAUCUAAAUUGGAUAGAGACUCUGAUCCUAACAAGAUUGAUCAUUUCUUGUAUAGGAGUAUGAUUGGUAGUUUGUUGUAUUUGGCAGCAACUAGGCCAGAUAUUUCAUUUAGUGUUGGUAUUUGUGCUAGGUAUCAAGCUGAUCCUAGAAAACAACACAUUUUUGCAGUCAAUCGCAUUAUUCGUUAUGUCAAUAGUAUAUUGAAUUAUGGAUUGCAUUAUUCUUCUGAGUCUAACUCAGAGAUUACAGGCUAUACUGAUACUGAUUGGGCUAGUAACAAGGAUGAUAGAAAGAGUACUUCAGGUGAUUGUUUCUAUGUUGGUACUGACGAGGCCGUUUGUUAUACACCAAAAUAA